AUGGUAAAAAAUCUAUCUUUAGAGGAUUGCAAAGCUUACAAAGGCGGAUAUUUAAUUGGGAGUUAUGAAACGGAUAUCAAGGAAAAUACUUGGAAUAUAAAAUUUGGCAUCAGAUUUGCGAGACUGGAAUACUUAACGCUGGAAUUUAAAUAUAAUGGGGCCAUCGGAAAUGAGUUCGGAUUCAACGUGAAGGAGUAUUACGUAGAUGGCGUCAACAAGUACGUAGGAAAUCUAAAGUACCCUAAAUUUUUGAUUACCCAUGAUUAAUUAGAACAGUUCAAAACAUCAAGGAAUGGCUAAUUAUGUAGAUGAAUAAAAUCUGGGCUCAAUUAGAGUUCGCAUACUAAGGUGGGCAAAAAGGUCGAAAAGUACACAUCAAGCUUUGACAUUUUCAAUUAAGAAUUUACAGGGAAACCCUGAACGGUUGGAGUACUUCCUCUAUUAGGUUUUUUGGCCACAGUUAGAGGCUUUAGAAAACUUUCUAAUAAAAAUCCUGACAUGCUAGCCUUAACGUUCCUGAAAAAAUGUGGUUAAGUCGUUUCUGUGUUGUAAUGGUUACAAAAAUACAUGAAUGUAUGAGACUCUGCUUUGAAAGUUUAUGCAUUAAAAAUGUCUGAAUUUCAGUUUCUACCUAACCACAAGUACAUCAAAUCAGCAAAGGAUGACAUCGCUUUUACCGGUCUUCAAAUUUGACCAGGAAUUUUUGCUAACUGUGAACGUAGAUGCCAACGGAACAGUGAUUUCAAAUGGAAGAUCGAUAAGCAAAGGGUGAGUGAUUAACUGAUAGGAGUCGUUCAAAGAAAGUAUUACAGUAUUGAGAACGAUAUCCCAAUAAGUUAGCAGAAAAGUAAAAUAUUAUAGGGGAAGGCGCUUUUCCAUAUAAAAAAGAGUCAAAGGUACUGGAAAACUGUGGUAAUAAGGAUCUUUUGGUUUGUUUGCGCAGCCCAUUGUGUGUGUAGUGCUAUGCAAAGCAAUAAGAACAAAAUUGUAAUCUUAGGAACAAUUGAACCCAUUUAUAUUUAUGGAACAAUGUCUUCAUAAUAUCACAUGUAUAGCUCCUCCCAACCUAAAAGAUAAUAUAACAUGUAACCGAUAAUUAAACAUUGCACAUGAUGGAACCCAUUGGUAUAUAAUUUUUUAACAAAUAUCAGCAUUUUACAGCUCCUUGACAUCAACCGAUAACGAUGAGAUCAAAUUAAACCGUUUGGAGGAUAUAAUUAUAAUAAUCGGCCCGUUUUUACACCAACAACAUACCACGAGAUACGAUAAUAUGGUGAGAAAAAUGGAGGCGAAUGAUCUUGAAUGACGUUUAGAUUGUAGACUAUGUACAACCUGAAUUACAGUACGAUGGAGACAGAACUGGAGAGUUUUUCGAACAAAUUUGGACAGUGAUUCAAAAUUUGUUCGGAAAAGAUGAAAAUGAUAUUGGUAGGUGGAGAAAAUGAUGACUGAAUUAGCAAAAGCUUUGACAUAAAAUUUCUGAAGCAUGACAUACACUGUUUGGUAUGUAGUUCAAUGCGAGCCAAAAAAAGUUUAAUCAUUCUUAUUUUUUUCCAAUUGUAGCUAUUGUCAGACUGCUCGAUCUCUCAUCCCCCACAUGGAACGGCAACAUCCUCUCCCUUCCUUAUAACACAUCUCUUCUCACAUCAUUUGUCUCGAGCAAGGAAAAGGUUCAGAUGAAAAUGGAUAUUACAACAACUCUGCUGAGAAGAUAUUUCGGCCAAAACCUAAGGGCUUUUGAUCAAAAAACGGACAAUCUUUUUAUAGGAAUCUCGAGAUAUUUGGCUGCUAAACUGUUGGAAGAUACAAUGGACAACGUGGAUGAUCAAUUGUUCUUGGUGAGAAACCCGGAAAAGGAUAAUUUUAGGAGCUCUUUUAGAACGAAAUUACGAUCAAGAAUCAAAAUGACGCCGGAGAUAAAGCGAAAGACAUGAUGUAUACUUUGGAGAGGAUGUUUGGAAAGGAGGUCACUGUCAAUGCAAGUGUACAACUUUAUGAUGAAUACAAUGGAAAGAUGGUUUCUUCGGAACGCUUUGGUUAUGCAUUUGAAACGGUAACCUUUACUGGGGAGUUGAUCGGAUUUUUGCUCACUUUAACGGACUAAAGUUAAACCUUAUGAGGCCUUUUUCACCGUUCUCACUAUGACAACAUGUAGCUGUAUAAUUAUUCGAGUUAAUGACAAAAUUUGUAUUAUAACCUUAUCGAUAAUACCGUAUAUUACGAUACAAUUACAGGUUAUAAAAAGCAGACCAAUAUGCGGCCGACUUGCCGCUUUCGAGAUGAUCAAUUCUUGGGUUCAGAAGAUUGACGUCGAGACUACAGUAACCGUUGACAAGAAUUACAAGUUAAAGCAGAGUCCGGUAAGAUACAUUGAGCAGAAGAUUUUGCCCGUAUUUUACAUGGAUGAUGACAAAAAGGAGAAGUUCUUCUAUUUGCAAAAAUGUAAGUAGCUUACGGUAUUUGUAAGCAGAGAUUUUAGAUGCAUAAAAAACGGGACUUCUCAAACUUUAUUUUUAAUCUCUUUAGGUAGCAAAAGUAAUAAAAAAUAUGCUUUAGCAAAAUAAUAUCAAAAUGAGAUGACAAACAUAUACAUAGGUUGCAUCAUGCUUUCUCAACAUGACUUCACCACAUCUUACCUCCUCUCUUUUUCAGCGGACAUUAUUUGCUUCCCUAACAUACCCAUCGACCUGAACAGCAAAAUUAUUUUCUCUCCACACCCUCAACUCUACAACACCCUCUACCAUCAAGACGUCCUUGAUUUUUAUCAAAGCUAUGGUCUGGACAAAUGGACAGACGAAAUGGCUUACAACUUACUCCUGACCUAUCAGAGCGAUUACAAAGAACCGGGUUUCGGGUCCAUGUUGGCAAAUGUCAUUAAGACAAGGAACAAUUCCAAAACUUCUCUGAAUUUACUUGAAUUAUUUUCGGAAUUUCGGGAAAGAAAAAUGUUUAAUGCAGAUUUUAAUGUAAGUCUCAGUUCAGAAAGUGUAAUUUUAUUUAGAAUGUUUACAGGAACUUUAUUUAUGGACACACGCAAAGGCUAAAUGAAGACGUCAAGGGCUCCAGUUUGCGGAAGCGGUAAGAUUUAAAGAUGGAAUUGUAAUGCUGUCUCUUGUAGAUAUCUGCAAUCCUUGGUCAGCAUUGAAGCCGUUAGAGUUGGUAUUACGGAAGAAAAGGAACGAUAUGUGAAGAAGAAUGAUGCUUAUCAAGUUCAUUGGGCAAAAAAUGGAAUUGAGCUUCUGGAAAGGUAUCCUAUUUCUAUUUGCCAGGGAAUCUCUCAAGCAACGGCACACUGAUUUUCAUAAUGUCUGGCGUAGAAGUAGAUUAGUGUUUCCCAAGUAGUGACGUAGGACUUUUCCAAAAAAAUUUGAAGAAAUUCUUGAAUUUCACUGUAAAACUUCUACUGUAAACUUCUACUUCAGCCUGAACCCCGACGAUUUCACCGCCAUGGUCUGUGCAUCAGUCAGCAAUCUAAAUUUUGUUCAACACCUCAAUUGGACCAGGGUCAUAUCAGAGCUCUCCAAGUUGCGGCCUUCGGUCAUAUAUGAACCAUUAUUCAGACUAAUAGAAAAAGGGCUACAAUGCCUCACAGUUGCCUGA